CCCCAAGUCCUCUCUUAAAAGGCUGUGCCGAGGGCUGGCCAGUGAGGCUCGGCCCGGGGAAAGUGAAAGUUUGCCUGGGUCCUCUCGGCGCCAGAGCCGCUCUCCGCAUCCCGGGACAGCGGCGCGGCCCUCGGCCGGGGCGCCCACUCCGCAGCGGCCAGCGAGCGAGCGAGCGAGCGAGGGCGGCCGACGCGCCCGGCCGGGACCCAGCUGCCCGUAUGACCGCGCCAGGCGCCGCCGGGCGCUGCCCUCCCACGACAUGGCUGGGCUCCCUGCUGUUGUUGGUCUGUCUCCUGGCGAGCAGGAGUAUCACCGAGGAGGUGUCGGAGUACUGUAGCCACAUGAUUGGGACUGGACACCUGCAGUCUCUGCAGCGGCUGAUUGACAGUCAGAUGGAGACCUCGUGCCAAAUUACCUUUGAGUUUGUAGACCAGGAACAGUUGAAAGAUCCGGUGUGCUACCUUAAGAAGGCAUUUCUCUUGGUACAAGACAUAAUGGAGGACACCAUGCGCUUCAGAGAUAACACCCCCAAUGCCAUCGCCAUUGUGCAGCUGCAGGAACUCUCUUUGAGGCUGAAGAGCUGCUUCACCAAGGAUUAUGAAGAGCAUGACAAGGCCUGCGUCCGAACUUUCUAUGAGACACCUCUCCAGUUGCUGGAGAAGGUCAAGAAUGUCUUUAAUGAAACAAAGAAUCUCCUUGACAAGGACUGGAAUAUUUUCAGCAAGAACUGCAACAACAGCUUUGCUGAAUGCUCCAGCCAAGAUGUGGUGACCAAGCCUGAUUGCAACUGCCUGUACCCCAAAGCCAUCCCUAGCAGUGACCCAGCCUCUGUCUCCCCUCAUCAGCCCCUCGCCCCCUCCAUGGCCCCUGUGGCUGGCUUGACCUGGGAGGACUCUGAGGGAACUGAGGGCAGCUCCCUCUUGCCUGGUGAGCAGCCCCUGCACACAGUGGAUCCAGGCAGUGCCAAGCAGCGGCCACCCAGGAGCACCUGCCAGAGCCUUGAGCCGCCAGAGACCCCGGUUGUCAAGGACAGCACCAUCGGUGGCUCACCACAGCCUCGCCCCUCUGUCGGGGCCUUCAACCCUGGGAUGGAGGAUAUUCUUGACUCUGCAAUGGGCACUAAUUGGGUCCCAGAAGAAGCCUCUGGAGAGGCCACUGAGAUUCCCGUACCCCAAGGGACAGAGCUUUCCCCCUCCAGGCCAGGAGGGGGCAGCAUGCAGACAGAGCCCGCCAGACCCAGCAACUUCCUCUCAGCAUCUUCUCCACUCCCUGCAUCAGCAAAGCGCCAACAGCCGGCAGAUUUAACUGGUACCGCCUUGCCCAGGGUGGGCCCCGUGAGGCCCACUGGCCAGGACUGGAAUCACACCCCCCAGAAGACAGACCAUCCAUCUGCCCUGCUCAGAGACCCCCCGGAGCCAGGCUCUCCCAGGAUCUCAUCACCGCGCCCCCAAGGCCUCAGCAACCCCUCCACCCUCUCUGCUCAGCCACAGCUUUCCAGAAGCCACUCCUCGGGCAACAUGCUGCCCCUUGGGGAGCUGGAGGGCAGGAGGAGCACCAGGGAUCGGAGGAGCCCCGCAGAGCCAGAAGGAGGACCAGCAAGUGAAGGGGCAGCCAGGCCCCUGGCCCGUUUUAACUCCGUUCCUUUGACUGACACAGGCCAUGAGAGGCAGCCCGAGGGAUCCUCCAGCUCGCAGCUCCAGGACUCUGUCUUCCACCUGCUGGUGCCCAGUGUCAUCCUGGUCUUGCUGGCCGUCGGAGGCCUCUUGUUCUACAGGUGGAGGCGGCGGAGCCGUCAAGAGCCUCAGAGAGCGGAUUCUCCCUUGGAGCAGCCAGAGGGCCGCCCCCUGACUCAGGAUGACAGACAGGUGGAACUGCCAGUGUAGAGGGAAUUCUAAGCUGGACGCACAGGACAGUCUCUCCGUGGGAGGAGACAUUAUGGGGCGUCCACCACCACCCCUCCCUGGCCAUCCUUCUGGAAUGUGGUCUGCCCCCCACCAGAGCUCCUGCCUGCCAGGACUGGACCAGAGCAGCCAGGCUAGGGCCCCUCUGUCUCAACCCGCAGACCCUUGACUGAAUGAGAGAGGCCAGAGGAUGCUCCCCAUGCUGCCACUAUUUAUUGUGAGCCCUGGAGGCUCCCAUGUGCUUGAGGAAGGCUGGCGAGCCCGGCUCAGGAUCCUCUUCCCUCAGGGGCUGCACCCUCCUCUCACUCCCCUCCAUGCCGGAACCCAGGCCAGGGACCCACCGGCCUGUGGUUUGUGGGAAAGCAGGGUGGACGCUGAGGAGUGAAAGAACCCUGCACCCAGAGGGCCUGCCUGGUGCCAAGGGAUCCCAGCCUGGACAGGCAUGGACCUGUCUCCAGAGAGAGGAGCCUGAAGUUCGUGGGGCGGGACGGCGUCGGCCUGAUUUCCCGUAGAGGUGUGCAGCCUGAGAGACAGGAAGAGGAGGCCUCUGGACCUGCUGGUCUGCCCUGACAGCCUGAAGGGUCUACAUCCUCGGCUCACCUAAGUGCCCUGUGCUGGUUGCCAGGCGCAGAGGGGAGGCCAGCCCUUCCCUCAGGACCUGCCUGACCUGCCAGUGAUGCCAAGAAGGGGAUCAAGCACUGGCCUCUGCUCCUCCUCCUUCCAGCACCUGCCAGAGCUUCACCAGGAGGCCAAGCAGAGGCUCCCCUCAUGAAGGAAGCCAUUGCACUGUGAACACUGUACCUGCCUGCUGAACAGCCUGCCCCCGUCCAUCCAUGAGCCAGCAUCCGUCUGUCCUCCACUCUCCAGCCUCUCCCCAGCCUCCUGCACUGAGCUGGCCUCACCAGUCGACUGAGGGAGCCCCUCAGCCCUGACCUUCUCCUGACCUGGCCUUUGACUCCCCGGGGUGGAGUAGGGUGGGAGAACCUCCUGGGCCGCCAGCCAGAGCCGGUCUUUAGGCUGUGUUGUUCACCCAGGUUUCUGCAUCUUGCACUUUGACAUUCCCAAGAGGGAAGGGACUAGUGGGAGAGAGCAAGGGAGGGGAGGGCACAGACAGAGGCUGCAGGGCGAGCUCCGACUGAAGAUGGGCCUUUGAAAUAUAGGUAUGCCCCUGAGGUUGAGGGAGGGUCUGCACUCCCAAACCCCAGCCCAGUGUCCUUUCCCUGCUGCCGACAGGAACCUGGGGCUGAGCAGGUUAUCCCUGCCAGGAGCCCUGGGCUGGGCUGCGUCUCAGCCCCACCUGCAUGGCACCCAGCUUCCAUCCACUUCUCACCCUUCUUUCCUCCUGACCUUGGUCGGCAGUGAUGACUUCCAGCUCUCACCUACCCCCUCUACCAUCACCUCUAACCAGGCAAGCCAGGGUGGGAGGGCAGUCAGGAGAGACAGGCCUCAGCUUCCAAUGCCUAGAGGGCCUCCACUUCGAGGCCAGCCCGUGGUGGUGGCUCUGAGGCCUAGGCAAUGGGCGACAGGGCUGCCAGUUGCCCCUGGGCUCCUUUGUGCUGCUGUGUGCCUCCUCUCCUGCCGCCCUGGGUCCUCCUGGCUGAGGAGACCCUGCCCUACCUGGCUGCUGGGCCCAUGACUUUCCCUUCCUGCCCAGGAAAGUGAGGGUCUGCUGGCCCCACCUUCCCUGUCCUGAUGCUGACAGCUUAGGGAAGGGCAGUGAACUUGCAUAUGGGGCUUAGCCUUCUAGUCACAGCCUCUAUAUUUGAUGCUAGAAAACACAUAUUUUUAAGUGGAAGAAAAAAAAAAACAAAAAAAGGCAUUCCCUCUUCAUCCCCCUACCUUAAACAUAAUAUUUUAAAGGUCAAAAAAGCAAUCCAACCCACUGCAGAAGCUCUUUUUGAGCACUUGGUGGCAUCAGAGCAGGAGGAGCCCCGGAGCCAUCUCUGGUGUCCCCCCAGGCUACCUGCUCAGGAACCCCUUCGGUUCUCUGAGAAGUCGAGAGAGGACAUUGGCUCACGCACUGUGAGAUUUUGUUUUUAUACUUGGAAGUGGUGAAUUAUUUUAUAUAAAGUCAUUUAAAUAUCUAUUUAAAAGAUAGGAAGCUGCUUAUAUAUUUAAUAAUAAAAGAAGUGCACAAGCUGC